UGCAUCGGUACUAAUAGCAGCGAUGAAGUUCGUUUUGUGCAUUUGCGUCCUUUUAAUUGGGGAAACCUACGAAUAUGUGCGCCUUACAAAUCUCAAAUGCCAAAGUUUUGACAAAACGUACAUAGACUUUUCCGAAUGCCGCCUGAAAGUCAUUGGAAGAGGAAUUAUAACCAGUAACAUCAAUGUUACGGUUUUAAAACCACCAAUAACUAGGAUGCUGAUAAGAUUUACUACUUAUCGGAAACUAAGUGGUUACCAUCCUUUUCUAUUCAACGUUUCCAAAGAGCUCUGUCGCUCAUUAAAGCAUCCGAAUCGUCUAAAUGUAUUUUACUACGUAUACACCGCGUUCUUACCAUUUUCCAAUCUCAAUCAUACGUGCCCCAUCUAUAAUGAUGUUUACAUAAGGAACUUUACCUUAAAUGAUGGCAUGUUUGCAAAGGUACCAUUACCAAAGGGCAGCUAUAUGCUAACGCUCGAGUUGGAUGACGGGAUUGCAAAUUGGGUUUCUAUUAUAUCCGUAUAUUUUGAUAUUGAUAUUGAAUAAAGGAAAAUCUUUAAUUUUUAACCCUAAUUAAAAAAUUCAUUUGCUUAAAAUUAUUAUUUGUUUUAAUAACCUAAAGAUCUUUAAAAUAAAAUGUAAAGAUUUGGCACCGCAUGAAACCCGAAUUCAUGAGAGUAAAAGCGUUUA